UAUUUUUCCAGGAACUUAGUUGAGCUCGACAUUCAGGAAAAUGGAAUUGAUGACCGCAGUGGCUGUUGGUUGAGUUGCUUUCCUGAAAACUUUACUUCAUUGGAAAUUCUAAAUUUCUCCAAUCUUCAUUCAGAAAUCUGCUUUCCGUCCCUUGAGAGACUAAUAGCUAGGUGUAAAUCUUUAAAAGUCUUAAAGGUGAACCGAUAUGUGAACCUGGAGCAGCUAUUGAGGUUGCUUACUCAUGCUCCUCGGUUGACACAGCUAGGCACAGGUGCCUUCUCACAGGAGCUCCAGCCAGCUCAGUAUUCUAGUCUCGAGAGCGUGUUUAACAACUAUCACAGUCUUCAAACUAUCUCUGGUUUAUAUGAAGCUAAUCCACUCUAUCUGCCUAUUCUCUAUCCUGCUUGCUCAGGAGUAACAUUUUUGAAUUUGAGCGAUGUACCUUUACAAUGUGAUGAUCUUGCUCAGCUUCUUGGUAACUGUCCAAAUCUCCGACGGCUUUGGGUACUGGACACUGUUGGUGAUAAAGGUCUGGAAGCUGUUGGGUCCAGCUGCCCUUUGCUUGAGGAACUCAGGGUAUUCCCUGCAAACCCAUUUGAUGCUGACGUAGUCUACGGGGUAACAGAAUCUGGUUUUGUUGCAGUGUCUUAUGGAUGCCCUAAGCUCCACUACGUUCUCUACUUUUGUCGGCAGAUGACAAAUGCCGCUGUAGCAACGAUUGUGAAAAACUGCCCCGAUUUUACUCAUUUCCGCCUCUGUAUAAUGAAUCCAGGUGAACCCGACCACUUGACUGAUGAAUCUAUGGAUGAGGCUUUUGGUUCGGUGGUAAAAUCAUGUAAGAAGCUCAGAAGACUUGCACUGUCCGGUUUAUUGACUGAUUUAACAUUUGAAUAUAUUGGCAAAUAUGCCAAGAACUUGGAGACACUUUCUGUGGCUUUUGCUGGAAGUAGUGACUUGGCUAUGCAAUGUGUUCUAGCUGGUUGUCCUAAGCUGAGACGGCUUGAAAUAAGGGAUUGCCCCUUUGGUAAUAAUGCUCUUCUUUCAGGGUUGGAGAAGUAUGAAUCUAUGAGAUCUCUUUGGAUGUCGGCUUGCAAUGUCACAAUGAAUGCCUGUAGGCUGUUGGCAAAGGAAAUGCCUAGGUUGAAUGUUGAGGUCAUAAUGGAUGACGAAGUCAACAAUGACUUUCAAGCUAGUAAAGUUUAUGUUUAUCGUACUGUUGCAGGACCCAGAAAAGAUGCCCCUCCUUUUGUUCUCACUUUUUGAAUCGAUGCUUUGGGUGAAGUUUUAGAAUGGUGGCGGAGAGAAAGAUAGACAGCUAAAACAUGAUGACAGCUGCAACCUAUGUUGCUUCGCCUCGUGGACAAGGAUCACAGAUGGUCACAUCUAAGGGUUGGACCAGACAAUUAUGAAGGGUCUAAAUCUAUUUCUGGUCUGGUCUGAAGUAUUUAUCAAGUGCGGCAUGAGAUGUAAGUGUUCAUGUAGUCAUGUAGGUACCUGUAUUUGUAACAAAAAAAAACUCCCCCAGUAACAUCGGCUGUAAAUUGCUGGAAAUAAUUGGAAUAACUCUAGAAACACAUCUUUGUGAAGCGACAAAGCUUGUAUUUGAAAGCAACUCACUACAACCCUGUAAGAGAUAAAAGGAUGGUGUCAAUUCAUCAACACCAGGAAAACAGGAGAUUAUGAUGGAUUAUAUUCUGCAUAUGCUUGGUAUGAAUCUAAUCCUGUAGGUGUAGAGUGACUUCUACCUGUUUCAAUCAUUGUAUUCUGCUCGUGCAUGGCACGAUGUACAUUCAUAGCUUCUAAGAGCUUGCUAGCAACAGGAUCUGUCGGAUGUUGUAAUUGUUGUAUUCCUGUACUUGUAAUUUGGGAAAAAAAUUAUUCGCAUUGUCCCUGAGUUCACUUGAUUAACAUGCAGAAAUUUUAUUA